CCCCGUUGUUAUUUUACAGGCGGUGGUCGUGUGUGAAUUGCUUACCUAAGCAGGCCGACAUGGCUGUUGUACCCAUAUGAUUUGCUGGACACACCUCAAUUUUCUGGGCCACCUGAACAGUUCACUUCGAGUUUUGACGGCAAACCUGUCUCGACGCUCGUCUACUGUUCAAAAUCUCUAUCUAGUGCUCAAUACAUAACUUGUGGGAGAUAUCGCAUUAUACCGAUUUAGAGUGCUUGGCUUUAGUUGUGGAUUUCGACAUUUCUGCCCCUCAAUUUGCAAAGUGCGGGGCACAAUAUUUCACUUCACCGUCAUUGAAUAUCACGAUCUCGACCACAAUGUCGCACCUCAACUCCUGGGAAGAUGACCCAGCCGCGCAGGAGGAGAACCUCGCUCGCCAGGCUCAACAAAUGAACCUCAACGCCGCUGCGCACGCCAACACUUUCCGUCCCGGCGCAUCGUCAUUCACCCCGGGCGCACAAACUUUCCAGCCUGGCCAACAAUAUCCACAAUACGGCGGCGGAUAUGAUCAAGCCCAAUACCAGCAGUACCAAAACCAAGGCCAAGGCUACGGCCAGCAGCAGCAGCAGUAUGGCGGACAACAAGCCUAUGGGCAAUACGGCCAAGGUGGCUACGGGGGUGGUUAUAACCAAGGGGGGUACCAGCAAACAUACGGACAACAGAACUCUGGCUACGGGCAGCAACAACAAGCCGCCCAGCAGGCUUUCGUUCCAUCUCAGGUGCCGACCAUUGCGAAACGCUCCGACGCUCCCGCAGGUACAGCUGCGGCUGGAACACUAAACAAGCCUGUUGCAACCAAGGAGGGUGGCCCCAAGGUUCUUAGCAUCGGAGGCGACGCGCCAGCUCCAAAGGCCAAGGUUUUGUCGAUAGGACUCCCGGCAGUCAAGAAGGAGGAACCAAAGAAAGAGGAGGCUGCAAAGGCUGCAAAGGAAGCCGCACCCGCCGCAGGAAGCAAGGCUACCGCAACGAAGGCAAUCUCCAAAGCUGAUGGAGCUGCUACUGGAAAGACUUCGCCUGCUCCAUCUUCUGGACGCUCGAGCCCUAGCGCCGCUAUCGCUGAGAAGCAGGCAAAGAGGGAGGCUGAUGCUGUGGAGAAAGAGCAGCUUGCUGAUGUCGACCAAGAGACAUUGAAGGAAAUUUACGGAAAGGAGCACGUAAACAUCAUCUUUAUCGGUCACGUUGAUGCUGGAAAAUCGACCCUUGGUGGAAGCAUUCUCUAUGCUACUGGUAUGGUUGACGAGCGAACGAUGGAGAAGAAUAAGAAGGAGGCGAAGGAAAUGGGUCGUGAGACUUGGUAUCUUUCGUGGGCCUUGGAUCUGACCAAGGAAGAACGUUCCAAGGGAAAGACUGUAGAGGUCGGUCGUGGUUAUUUUGAGACCGACAAGCGCCGCUACAGUAUCUUGGAUGCUCCCGGUCACAAGACAUAUGUUCCUCACAUGAUUGGAGGUGCAUCCCAAGCCGAUGUAGGCAUUUUGGUUAUUUCUGCACGUAAGGGAGAGUAUGAGACCGGUUUCGAAAAGGGUGGACAGACAAGAGAGCAUGCUAUGCUUGCCAAGACUCAGGGUGUGAACAAGUUGAUUGUUGUUAUCAACAAGAUGGACGACCCAACUGUAGCCUGGUCAAAGGAGCGCUACACCGAGUGUACGACAAAGCUCGCAGCUUUCCUCAAGGGAACUGGAUACAACUUGAAGACGGAUGUCUUUUUCAUGCCUAUUGCGGCUCAGAUUACGGCUGGUAUCAAAGACCGCAUCCCUAAGGACCUGUGCAAAUGGUACGAUGGGCCAUCUCUUCUUGAGUACCUGGACAACAUGUCCGCAUUAGAGCGCAAGCUUAACGCUCCUUUCAUGAUGCCUAUCAACGGUAAAUACCGUGAAAUGGGAACCAUCGUUGAAGGAAAAAUCGAAGCUGGUGUUAUCAAGAAGGGGGCGUCGCUUGUCGUCAUGCCUAACCGCAACAACGUUGAAGUCGCGGCUCUUUAUGGUGAGACUGAAGAGGAAACUCAAAUCGCCCAGUCAGGUGACCAGAUUCGCGUCCGCCUGCGCGGCGUCGAAGAGGAAGAUGUGCUUCCUGGCUUUGUGCUGUGCUCGCCAAAGCGUCUCGUUCACUGCGUCACUGCCUUCGAGGCCCAGAUCCGCAUCCUUGACCUCAAGAGCAUUCUUUCUGCGGGAUUCAACUGCGUGAUGCACGUCCAUUCGGCAAUCGAGGAGGUCACCUUUGCAGCUCUGCUGCACAAGCUCCAGAAGGGCACUGGGCGCAAAUCAAAGGUACCACCGUCGCAUGCUAAGAAGGGAGAGAGCAUUAUCGCGCGUAUGGAGAUCAUUGGAGGCGCAGGGGCCGUCUGCGUGGAGAGGUUCGAGGAUUACCCUCAGUUGGGCCGUUUUACUUUGAGAGACCAGGGUCAAACAAUUGCCAUCGGCAAGAUCACGAAGCUCAUUACGGACCAGUCAGCAACAGCUUAAAGUAUAACGUAAUUUUUUGACUACCUAGACCAUUGACGGCCUACCGGGAAAAGGGGGAGGCAGAGGGGCACAGGUUGGAGAACUGUAGCUUCAUGAAAGGGAUUAUGCAUAUAUGAUAGAUUAAAAGCAAGUUACAG